UCUCUGGAAGUAUGCAACAUUAUCAUAAAGUUAUAUUCACCGAAGACCCGAACCCAGAUCCAACACCAAAACCGGUACUAGAACUAGGACCAAAACGUAAUGAUUCAGAUAUUGAGUUGCCUUGUGCUUUAAACAAUUACCCCGCCAGGUGUGACUGUUUGGUUGAAACAUGGCUACGGUGUAAUAAUGUCGAACUGACAAAAGUGCCAAGAAAUAUUUCGUCUAAUCUAAAAAGAAUAUCAAUGAGGAGCAACAAUAUAGUUCUUUCUAACGAUUCUUUUGAUGGUUAUAAUUCGUUGGUAAUGAUCCACUUAGAAUAUAAUAGACUGUCUGUAAUACCUCCGUUCGUCUUUAAACAUCAAGAUAAAUUAAGAUAUCUUUUUUUAUUACGUAAUGAAUUGAAUGUUUUGGAAAAAGAUGCCCUUUACGGAUUGAAUAAUAUUAGUACCCUAUUUUUGGAUAAUAAUCACUUGGUGUUUUUAAAUUUGAACUCCUGGAAGCAUAUGGUCAAAGUAAAAUGGAUAGAUCUUUCACAUAAUUUGUUGACUUUUAAGAACGAGUGCUUUCCACACUUUAAGAAUCUUGAAAUGUUACAUUUACAAUGGAAUCUCAUUGAAACAAUAAACGAGUUCAUGUUUGCAGAAUUACCAAAUCUAUCGGUUUUGAAUUUAAGUAACAACGUAAUCACUGUGGUUCAUAAAAAUGCAUUUCAAAAGUUAUUGAAUCUUUCGGAUUUAAAUAUAGCUGACAAUCGCAUUACAACAAUCGCGCAGGAAAUGCUACAUCCAUUAAAAAUAUUAGAUAAAUUAGUUUUAAGAAAUAAUCCAAUUACAAGAAUAAAUAAAGUUAUUUUCUCACAAAUGAAAAAACUCUCUUCGUUAGAUAUGAAUGGCAUAAAUAAAGAAAAUAUUGAAAUGUCAUUAUUUGAUAACUUGACUACACUGGAUUUUCUUUACUUAAAAGAAUUUCAUUAUUGUGUUUUGUACGCCCCACAUGUUGACUUCUGUUCUCCAAAUACGGAUGGGUUAUCGUCAAGUUUAAAUCUCCUACCAAAUUCAACUUUUCGAUGGUUUCUAUGGAUGGUGACAGUCCUAACAUUGAUUUUUAACGCAUUGGUGUUGUACGGUCGGAUGUUCAGUACUUUUGGAGACGAAAAUAAAGCAAUAAACUUUGUCAUACGGAAUUUAGCUGGUUCAGAUUUGUUCAUGGUGAUAUACUUAAUGGUUAUUGGUUAUUAUGAUCAAAUAUAUCGGAAUGAAUAUUAUUUGUAUGCACACGAGUGGGAGUCAUCUAUCUUGUGCACUGUAAUUGGAAUGAUAGCUGUGAUUUCGUCAGAAGUAUCUAUGCUCGUACUGGUGUUCCUAAGUUUGGAAAGAUUCUUACUCAUAGCUGUACCAUAUUCUGGAUAUCAAGUAUUGAAAUUGAAAACAGCCGUUUACUGUAUGGUAUCAAUUUGGGUGGUCGGCAUAAGUUUAUCAAUUGCUCCAUUGAUUUUAUGGAAGCACUCGUCAAAAUUUUACGGUUCCAAUGGUUUGUGCUAUCCUUUAUAUAUUGAAGACCCAUUUGCUAGUGGUUGGCAAUAUUCGGCAUUCAUGUUUUUGGGAUUACAUACAGCAAGUUUAUUACUUAUGUCCGUUUUGUAUGCGUUGAUGUUUAUAAGUGUCAGAAAAACAAGACAUGCUGCCCGCAUAUCUGCUGGUGAUUUUGAUUUCGCAGUUCGUUUCUUUUUCAUUGUUUUGGCGAAUAUUUUAUGUUGGUUACCCAUAAUCGUUUUGAAAUUCGCGGCACUAAGAAAAUAUCAUGUUUCAAGUAAGAUGUACGUAUGGCUAAUUAUAUUUGUUGUGCCGAUCAAUGCAUUGGUAAAUCCACUAUUAUAUACUUUCACAACACCCAAGUAUAUCACUGCAGUGACUUCAAAAAAUAUGUUCAAGAUGACGUACCGCGACUCAAGCAGUGUUGUAGAAACGUCAAAAUCAUCACGCCCAAUAUCUCUAUACAGUAGAAAAUAUAUCAAGAAGAAUAGAAAGGAGACACUUGAAGAAAAGCAAAACGAAAAUAAUAUCACUCAAGAAAAUAGUUUAGAAACUACAAACGGUGAAUAAUUCAUCGAUGAAUUUCUGAUCACAGUAUUAUUAUGUAUACAGUUGAUAUACCUACCACUUCUAAAAUUAGUAUACCUACUAUUCAGUCUAUAUUUCAGCAUCAGAACCUAUUCUAACCAGACGGGUUAAUAUUGCAAAGUACAUAGUAGGUAGGAAACAAAAUUUCAAUAAUAUGCAUCACCUAUAAGCUGAAUAAACUUAGUGAUACACGACUUGGUAUAUAGUGGAUACCUGGUUUAAUAAUAUUUAUUUCAGCCUUAAUAAGCAACAGCUAGUUAAAAAUAUAUUAUAUUAUUAUAAUAAUAAAACAUCCGUGAUAAUAAAGUAUUGAAAAAGUUCAAUUUUUUAAUAAAUUUAUAUUUUAUUCCACCAUACGGUGUAGGUAGACGACAGUAUUGUAAUACAAUUAAUUUCAUGAUUUUUUCUAUACUAAUAUUACACGAUAUGUAGGUAUGUUUGAUAUUUUUUUCUGUCUGUAAUAGUAGCCGUCGAAUUUUUGUAAUUUUACUUUAUCUUUUUAUUGACGUUUAACACCUUUAAUAUAAUAUGCAUAUUAUGACAAACUGUACUAAGACCACACCUACACAUUUUUUGUCAACACCCUUAUCGUGAUAGGGAUUAUCAAGUUUUAUGUUUAUUGUACUUUUCUUUUGACAUAUCAUAAUAUAUUAUUAUCGACACUUGAAGCUUUUAAUUUAUGGUAAUAUUAGUCAUUAAGUAAACACAAAAUGAAUGAACAACAAAAAAUAUACAACUCUUAAAUGUAUUACAGUAUUUUAUACGAUUAAUAUAAUAAUGCGAAACGAUUCUAGCAUAUAUCUAUAUGUACACAUAAAAAAAAUAACAAUAAAU